UAUACAAAAAAUUUAAAAAGAAAAUAUAUUAUUUUAUAUUUGUUUGCACCUAACCUCUUUGAUCUGUCCUCGGGGAUAUGUCACACAGCUGUCUAGGCAUACCAGAGUCUACGGCUAGUCAAAGACUCAACGUUCCCUUGGCUGCAUCUUUAUAAUCUGUGACCUGUCGUUCAGACUCUUUAAGUUCAGCAGAAACACGAUCAUCUGCAGGUUGAGCAAUAAAUUAGCAAGAACAGAGACUUGUACUACUUCUCUACAAUAUGGGCUCGGAUACACUCUCCACUUGUAUUGAGGCAAUUGAGAGAAAGCUUGCUGGUUUGACUCAAAUUGCUAAACUACGUUGUAUAUAUAAAGUGCAUGAGCAGUUACGUAACGUGAACGAGAAGGCUUACAAGCCUGUGCUGCUUGCCAUUGGUCCUUACAACGACCAAAACAAAGUUGGCCAGGGGUUUAUGAAAGAGCAUAAAUUGCGCUAUCUACAGCAAAUGCUUAAAAGAACGAAGGGAAGUGUAAAAGCAUACAUUGCCACCUUGAAAGAAUUAGAAGAAAGAGCUCUUAAAUAUUAUGGAGAACACAUUAGCCAUACCUCAAAUGAGUUUGUAGAAAUGAUGCUACUUGAUGGGUGUUUCAUUAUUGAGUUGUUCCACAAGUAUGAAAUCUAUUGCAAAGUAGGAGGUUGUCAAGAUGACCCAAUCUUUAAAAUGAAGUGGGUGCUUCCUAGAAUAGCUCGUGAUCUUCUGUUAUUUGAAAAUCAACUUCCAUUCUUUGUUCUGGCUAAAUUGUUUGGGAUGAGUCAGAGUAACAACACACUACUUCAUAACAGAUCCAGAAAUUUAGGAGAACACGUUGUCGAUAUUGAUGAGAAGAAAGACGGAAUUAGUGUUGAAAGCUCAACCUCCAAAACUAUGAUUCUCCUGAAACGACUUAAUGAUCUUGCCCUCAAUUUUUUCUCUGGCGUUUUACCAUUUGAAUGGAAUGUCGAUGCAUCAAGUUAUAAUUCAACUGAAAAGAUUAAGCAUCUACUUUGUUUGGCGCAUGAAGCUCUCACCCCUUCACUUCCAGACAUGGUAUGGCAACGUUUGAUGGUCGGGUUCAGAUUCAAGAACGUAGAGUUUGAGCAUCUCCUUGGUCUCAUACAUACAACCAUUUGUAUUUCAUUACUUGAUAUGGAAAUAGAUCAUGCCAGAGAACGUCAAGAGGUAGGAGUCAAACUUAAGAAUGCAGAGAUAUUUAAGGGCCUAUUUGGUUUGAUUCAUGAAGCCAUCAUUCCAUUACUUACAAAAAUGGAAAAUAUGAGGAAGGCAAUUUCUUAUACUAGCAAAUUUCAGAAACCUGGAUUCCAAGUCAAUAUGGCAGAGAUUGAAGAAUGGGAAUCAAUUCCAUAUGGCUCAGAGUUUAAGGAGGCUAGAAUUGAAUUCAAUAUGGCAAAGAAAUUUAAGGAUGAUGUAUAUGAGACUGACCGCUGGAUAACAAUACCUUAUGCCAUUGAACUUCAAGAGGCUGGAAUUGAAUUCGACAAGGCAAAGAAAUUUAAGGACCUACAUGAUCGAAAUAGGAAUGAAGACCAGAAGUCAAAACCAUGUGAAAUAGGGACGCAAAUGGAUGGAGUCGAAUUAAAGACAGUAGAGAAAUUUAGGCGUCUACUUUGUCUGGACAGGAUUGAAAACUGGAAGUCAGUACCUUACGGCAAAGAGCUUCAUGAGGCUGGAGUCGAAUUCAACAAGGCAAAGAAAUUUAAGCAUCUACUUGCUCUUAGAGAGAUUGAAGACUGGAACAUACAUGGCGCCACAGAGCUUGCAGAGGCUGGAAUCAGAUUCAAGAAGGCAGAUAAAUGUGACAUGUUUUCCAUAAAGUUCAACAAUGGGCUAAUGGAGAUUUCACCUUUGAGCAUAGGAGAUCAUACAGAGACUUACUUACGAAAUCUAAUUGCAUAUGAGCAAUACUGUGAUCGAGACAAUGGUUUUAAUUAUGUCAGCAACUAUGUGCGUUUUAUGGAUGAUCUCAUCAACACUCCAAAGGAUGUUGAAUUACUCCGUCGAAGAGGAAUUAUCCAAAAUUAUUUGGGAGAUGAUGAAGUUAUUUCCACCAUGGUUAACAAGCUUUGUGACAAUAUCAAUUUUUCAACCACAGACUCCAUUUAUGCUAGAACUUCCAUGGAUGUGAACAUGCAUUGCAGGAGACACAAGAAUGUAUGGAUGGCAAAAUUAAGGCGUGAUUAUUUCAACAGUCCUUGGGCCUUGCUUUCAUUUCUGGCUGCUGUCUUAUUGAUUGCACUUGCAAUUACACAAACCAUAUUUUCCAUUAUUCAUUAGAUUUUUCAUGCAGUGUGUUAAACUUGAUGUGUGUUCUCUUAGUUAAUGUAAUAAAUAUCGAGUAAUAACUAAGAUUUUACAAAGUAAGAGUGGCUCCAAACCAUAGAGGUUUGGAAUUUCCCUUUGUUUUCAUAGAGGUUUGAGUGGAUUCCAUGUCAAAUUCUCACCUUUUUUUGUGGUCUAUUAUGGAAAGUGCAGUCAUUAAAUAUUCAAUGCUGAUCAUCAUGAUCUUGUUAUUUUACCUUUGGUAUUUAUUCUUUUCAAGUCAAUAAUCAUAAUUUCAUGUGCA